AUGGCUACUCAAGAUGAGCUUCGUGAUGCUGAUUUGAUCAUUGCCGCUCCUGAUGCUGUUAUUCGAGGCCUUUCGCCGACUCGCUCGUUCAGCUCGGAUUCGACAAGUCGUCUCGAUCCUGCAACCUUGAUCAGCAAACGUUCCCAUCAUCGAAGGAAUUUCACCCGCAACGUGAAUAAAGUCAAGAUGCAAUGUAUGUAUUACCAUCAUCGUUAUUGUGCAAAAUUGGGUGUCACCGACGACACUUGGUUGGAGAAUUUGCGUCAUGAUUAUAAUACGGCUCAUGAAGAAUUUGCCGCAGCCCGUCGCCCCGGCCAUGAUACCGAACAACCAGCGCCUAGAGCAACGACCCGCACGAGAGCUCAAGUUCGCCCCGGUUCUGUCGAGUCAACCCAUCAACCCGAGUUCGCCCCGUUGGAUGUGCCCGUCAGCACAUCUCGCCCCGGUGUGGUUGAGUCGACCCGUCAACCCGAAUCUGCCUCGCGGGGUGUGCCUACCAGAACAUCCCACCAUUCCCGCGAGGAAGAUGUCUCUCGCACCGAAGUGAUUGACGAUCCCGUUAGUGGCAGUGGUCAUCAGGCCGAGGGUAGCCGCCCGUCUUCUUUGGCCAGCUCAAGGUCUUCGGUUGCCGCCAGCAUUUCGUCUUCUCAUCGUUCGCGGAACUCUACCCUUUCGGCUCUGACUAGAGAACGCCUUGCUGCCGAACUCGACCUUGAACUGGCACGCAAGCGGCGAGAAGAAGAAAAGAAUGAAAAUGACCUUCUGGACGAGCUAACCCGUAAGUUACGUGAGGAGAAGAUUCGUAUCGGGGCCAAACGAAAGGAACGGAAAAUCGAGGAAGAAAUCGCACGUCUUCGUAUGAACGAGAAGUUGUCAAAGAGGUCUGUUCGUUCGCCUUCGCCGACCUCCUUGAGUUCUUUCAGUGAACCAGAUGACGAUAUCCAUAUUCCGUUGCCGAAGAGUAAGCCUCGCGACAAAGUGCUGCUUCCCACCGGGCCGUCCGACAAGAGCGCAGAUAGCUGGAUCGACGAUCUGGGACAGAAUCCGACGGCCUUACACGCUGCAGCGCCCAUGCCUUGGAUGUUUGGAGGUUCGGCCCCGUUCACGUGUAGGACACCGUUUGAUGGCGACCCUCGAGAUUGGCUUCUCUUUGCCUCAAGAUUUCGAGCCCUCGUCCACGACGUCAUUCCGAACGAUGCCCAGCGUUUGGCCAUUCUUACCGAGUGGGUUGGCCCUAGCGUUUUUCGCCGCAUCUCCCCAUUGUUAAAGGCUCCUCGUGGGUACACUGCAGUCCUUGCCUAUCUUAAGAAGCACUACGGUUCGAGCGAGAAGAUCGCUCGCUGUCAAAUACACGAUCUUCUUAGUCUUCCCUUCGUCAAGCCGGGUGAUCGCCAGGCGCUUGAAAGUUUUUCUGAUCAGCUGCACGGAGCUGUUGUGGUGUUGGAACAAGGGGGAUUGGAGCACGAUCUUAAGAGUGCUGCUAAUCUUGAUCAGGCAGUACAGAAGCUGCCACCUGUCUUUCGCCAUCGCUGGGCCCGUUACGCACGUAAGCGCUUACCGAAAGGUGUCGACCUUAGCGACUUGGAUCGGUUCAUGGAAGAGGUCGUGGAAGAGGAGCGGAUGGCUCGUUCGGCAUUCGAGUUGGCGCCUAAGAUUGAUCUUCGUGAAAAGCGUGUUACGUUUCCCAAGCCAGCCGUUGAAAAGCACCCUUCAAGCAGACCUGCAAUUCUGAAACCGCCACCCGUUCGGCCACCCCCUACCAUCUUAGCCACCCAAGUAGCGAAAGACGUAGAUGUCGAGUGUCCAGGCUGCGGCGGCGCUCAUCGACUUGUUUCUUGCCCCGAAUUACAGAGGAAGUCACCGAGUGAACGAGCGCUGGUGGCGAAGGAGAAAGGCGUAUGUUUCAACUGUCUUGGAGGAAAGCAACGCAGUGCGGAUUGUCGUUCAAAACCCGCUUUUGAAUCCACCGGAUGCCGUGCACGUCAUCAUUCGCUGUUGCAUGGUUCGGAGAGAGUUUUUCCUGAGAAAAGCACACCUCGUCAGUUCCCGUCAUCCGUCGGAGGCCAAGAAUGUUUUCAAGGACCUCAAACACUCGCCAUUGCUCCCCGCCUGACAUCUAAUGUUCUCUUGGCCGUGGUUCCCGUCCGACUUCGUGCAGGUUGCCGGACUCUUGACGUUUUCGCCCUGUUCGACACCGGGAGCCAAGCUACCCUUUUGCGUGAAGACGCGGCUAAUGCGCUUGGUCUUACGGGCCGGCCACGCAAAAUUCGUUUUGGAACCUUCCAUGGGAAAGAUCCGGUCGUCGAGACUCGUCUUGUGGGGUUCUCCGUUUCGUCGCUAGAGGGAGACCAAAGCUACAAGGUUUCCGACGCCUUUGUUGUGCCUCGUCUAAAUGUUGGGCAACGCAAGAUAAAAGAUGUUCUCGCUUCGUUCGAUUAUCUUCGUGACCUCAACUUUCCUGCUCGAGACGCUGGUGAAGUACAGAUUUUGAUCGGGAUGGACGUUCAAGACGCCCAUCUAAACAUCGAGGUUUGUCGCCCUCCAUCUGGAGUUCGGGGCCCUAAUGCUGUGCUCACCCCAUUUGGCUGGUGCGUUGUUGGAAGGACCUACCCAUUACCGGCAGUGGAAGAUCCAAGCAUAAAUUUCGUUAAGCUGGGAACGAUCGAGCAGCUGGAAGAGUGCGUCGAAAGGUUUUGGAAAACCCAAUCUCUCCCAGUUCGUGAUGCCCCCAGUACAUUUAUGUCGUCGUCAGACCGUGCCGCAAUGGACCAACUCGAGUCCACCAUUCGGCACACUGGAACGCGUUAUGAAGUAGGCUUGCCUGUUCGCCCGCAUUGCCCGAAGUUGCCGGACAACAAAGAGUUUGCACGUCGCAAGUUCUUCGCACUGGAGAGGAGACUUCUUUCAGACAACGACCUUCGACAAACAGUUACGGCGCAGAUGAAGGAGGUGUUUUGCAGCGGCCACGCAGUGAAAGUAACUUCUACAGCUCCCGGUUCCAAGGUGUGGUUCCUACCUUAUCAUCCGGUUCGACAUCCAACGAAGCCCAGCAAGAAUCGUCUCGUUUACGACGCUGCUGCCCGGUUUAAAGGAACCGCGAUCAACGACAUCCUGCUGAAAGGUCCGAAUCUCACCACGCAGUUAUUGGCCGUGCUGCUUCGCUUCCGUGAAAGGAGAAUUGGCGUUACUGCAGACAUUGCGAAAAUGUUUUAUCAAGUGCUGGUUCGUGAGUCAGAUUGCACGAUGUUUCGUUUUUUGUGGCGCGAGCCUGGAACCGAAUAUCCUAUCCAGGAAUUCCAGAUGACGGUGCACAUUUUCGGUGCUGUCUCAUCGCCAACGGUUUGCAGCUUUGCCCUUCAGCGCCUCGAAAAGGAUGCGCCCGAACACCUGAAGGAAGUCGCGAGGCGUAUUCGUUCCAGCUUUUAUGUGGACAACCUGUUGUCGUCGUUCGACGAAGUGGAUGAAGGCGUUUCCAUCAGUCAGAAGCUGGUUGAACUACUCAAGCUCGGUGGUUUCGACCUCGUCCAGUUUCUGAGCCUUUCGCGUUCGUUGUUGGACCAACUUCCGUCUUCCUCUCGUCUGGUUCCCGAGCUCGAUCUAGAUUUCGACGAUUUGCCCACCGAGCACGUUGGGAAGACAGAAGAGGCCUUUUCAAAACGCUCGAUUCUUUCGGCAAUUUCGAGCAUCUAUGAUCCCCUUGGUCUCCUAGCACCCGUCGUUUUGGUGGCGAAAAUCAUCCUUCAGGACAUCUGGCGACUCAAAGGUGGCUGGGAUGAGAUUCUGCCCGCCGAUAUUCUGAAUCGUUGGGGGCGCUUUGUGGGACAUCUGCCGAUGCUCGAACUGCUGAACAUUCCGAGAAGUUUCUUGACUAGUCCCCAGUCGGCGUAUCGUUCUUUUCAGUUGCACGCUUUUUCGGACGCAUCGAAAGAUGGUUUCGGUGUUGUAAUUUAUCUUCGAGCUGAAACCUCUGGCGAGGUCGAAGUCUCUUUCGUAAUGGCAAAAGUAAGAGUUGCUCCCAUCCAUCAGCUUUCGAUUCCCAAGAUGGAGCUUCAAGGUGCUUUGCUAGCAGUCAGGUUAGCAAACUAUCUGUUGAAGGAGCUGACUCUGCCCAUAUCGAAUGUGUUUUUCUGGGUUGAUGCGAUGACUGUUGUUCGGUGGAUCCACGCCAGCCAUCGUCGUUACAACGUGUUCGUCGCAAACAGAAUAGCUGAGAUCCUGGAUUCAACGACCCCUUCGCAAUGGAGACAUGUUCCUGGUGUACUUAACCCAGCAGACGAAUGCAGUCGUGGUCUCUGUCCGUCCGAGCUCGAUCCAAAUCAUAGCUGGUACCGUGGACCUGAGUUUGUAGUUUUGCCACCCGAGCAAUGGCCGGCCCAGAUUCCAGCUACUGAAUUGAUCGACCACGAAGACGAGUCUAUUGGCUGUUUCCUAAUCGCCAAUCCUAGCGGGCCAGUAGAUGACGUUGUGGCACGAGCCAAUAAUCUACAUCGCCUAAUUCGCAUCGCCGCUUGGAUUGAAAGAUUCGUUCGCAACAUCCAGAUCCUCGUUCAUCGGAGACGUGCAAGAGAAAGGUCUAUUCUGGAUGGCAAUCAUGAAGAAGCAGCGACCGGACAAAGUGAGCAGUUGAAAACGGGCCAGCAGCAGAGUGCGGACGAGCUGAAGUCAGUCCGUCGCCUUUCAAUUCGCGUUUCGCAGCGCGACUCCUUCCCUGACGAUUUAAGCAGUUUGCGGAAGGCGAAAUCCGUUCGCCCGGAGUCUCAAUUGCUGAAACUGUCCGUUUAUCUAGAUGACGCCGGAAUCAUUCGUGUUGGUGGCCGCCUUGAAAAUGCCCCUAUCAGCGCUGAAGCCCGUCAUCCUGCCGUUCUGGAACCCAAGCAUCCGCUCACCCGAUUUUUCAUACGCUGGGCGCAUAUUUCCGUGGCUCAUGGACGAGCUGAUCGCACUCUUGCUGAAGUUCGUGCUCGCUACUGGGUUUUGAAAGGACGCGAAGCGACAAAGUCGGUCAUCACGACUUGCCUGUACUGUUCCCGCAUGAGAGCCAAGCCGUUUCAGCCGAUGAUUGCCCCGCUUCCAGCGGAGCGGGUCCAACCGUUCAGCCAUCCAUUUACCAGUAUUGGAGUGGACUACCUCGGUCCCUUCCCUAUUUCAAUUGGCCGGCGAACAGAAAAUCGUUGGAUUGCACUUUUUACCUGCCUCUCCACCCGUGCUAUCCACCUCAAAAUUACCCCGUCCAUGGAUGUGGAUUCCUUUUUAAUGGCUUUUACUCGUUUCGUCAGUCGUCGGGGUGCCCCGACCGAUGUUUUUAGCGACAACGGUACCAAUCUGACAGCAGGAGAACGUGAGCUGCGUGAGGCGGUUACCCGCCUUAACGACGUGAAAAUCGCUGACCAACUUGCUCAGAAAGAGAUUCGUUGGCACUUCUCCCCGCCUGCUGCCCCGCAUUUCGGAGGUGUUUGGGAACGUCUGGUUCACUCGUGCAAGGUGGCCCUGCGCGCUAUCCUCGGUCAGCAGACGGUGAAGGAGGAAACCUUUGCAACGGUCGUCAUCGAAGUUGAGGGCCUGCUCAACAAUCGACCGUUGAUGGAUCUAGGUGCGGACCCAUGGUUUCAUGCACAGCAGAUCGUGGAUCAGGUGUGGAGCCGAUGGUUACGGGAAUACCUGCCGACCCUCACGACCCGCAACAAAUGGACCCGAUCGCAAAACAAUUUGGAGGUGAACGACAUGGUGCUUAUGGUGGAUCCAAAGUCACCGCGCGGACGCUGGCCAAUUUGUCGUGUUGCCAGAGUUUUACCUGGCUCUGAUGGUGAAGUACGCGCGGCCGAAAUCAUUACGAAGUCCGGCAAGACCUACACCCGCCCAGUUGUACGAUUAUGUCGCUUGGAAGCCUUUAGUGCUGCUUAA